GCUGUGGUUCGGAUACCAGUUUUAAUAUCAAAGAUGGCGGGUAACGUGUCGUCUCCUGAAAACCCCACAGUUUUCUUCGAUGUUUCUGUCGGAGGACAGGACAUUGGAAGGAUGAAGAUGGAACUUUUUGCCCACGUUGUUCCUAAAACUGCUGAGAAUUUUAGGCAGUUUUGCACAGGAGAGUACAGAGAUGAGAAGUCAACUCCGAUAGGAUAUAAAGGAGCUCUUUUUCAUCGUGUCAUUAAAGAUUUCAUGAUCCAAGGCGGUGAUUUUAUCAAGGGCGAUGGUACGGGAUCAGCAUGCAUAUACAAUGGUUCCUGUUUUCCAGAUGAAAAUUUUAAGUUAAAACAUGACUCCCCAGGCCUUCUAUCUAUGGCAAACUCAGGGCCGAGCACAAAUGGAUGCCAGUUCUUCAUCACAUGUGCCAAGUGUGAUUUCUUAGAUGGAAAACAUGUUGUGUUUGGGAAAGUUACGGAUGGACUUCUUGUAUUGAGGAAGAUUGAGAGUGUACCGACAGGACCAAACAACAAACCCAAGCUACCUGUUGUAAUAUCACAGUGUGGAGAAAUGUGAACAUUAAACUAACUCAGUGGUGUAACAAUUACAUUGCCAUGACGGACGGACAAGAUGUAUUGUCAGUGAUGGACUAUAGAGGGCACUGUUUAACGCUAUCGGCAAUGUUUGACCGCCCGUGCCAUGAACGUUUCCUCAAAAUGACGCUCCUUCAUGAGGCUGGUUCAUACUGAGGCUGAAAAGGAAAUAGGCUGGCCCCAUUCUUGAUAACAAAUUAGGUUCUAUGAUAGUACCUACGUAGCCGGGAAACCAAACAAUGGUGGCACAAUGUGAUCUUGCUUCCAAUGGGACGGAGACUUUUAGACAGUCCGCUUUCACAGUAUUGCACAUGCUCAUACCUACGCGCAGUACUGAGCAUGUGCGCGCACACUCAGAGCCGCAAAAGUCUCCUACUUCUUGAGUUUCUUUAUUUUGUCAGAUUUCUUCUAGAGUGUGCCCUGUGUUAAGUUCUCAACCAAUAUUUCCAUCCACACUGUACAUGUAUUUAAAUCUGCCCAAUGGUGACGGUUUUUUUUCGAUUUUUGUUUUUUCCACAAACCCAUACUAAAAUAAGAAAAAAGAAAAAAAUACUGCAUUUAAAUUUUCUUAAAAAUGCAACCCUGAGGCCCUAUUGCUUCUACAAAUAAACCAUCUCUGUGGAGACUGCUUUAUCUAUUUUAUUACACAUACCAAAUAACAAUCAGUGCCAAUAACAGGGAAGAAAUGUUCAGUUUUAGAUGUGGGAGAAACAUCUCAAUGGGGAAUCCACUCGCAAUCGGGUAGGGACUGAAAACCCAAAUCACAUAUUAUAGACCUUUCUUUUGUUGUAACAAACCCCCUUGGUUGGCAUGGACAGCCAAAUGUUUGUAAAACACUCAAUUGUAUUAAAAUAUGUUUUAAACCAAAUUUAAGAUUUCUGCAUAAGUUGUUUUGUUUUCAACAAAAUCAACACAAUGUUUGAAUAUUUUUGUAACAUUGUUACUAACAGUAGCGAUCUGUUUUUUUUUUUGCAAUUAUGGCUUUCCAUACUUUUCCCAACUUGGGUUGGCAAAAACUUGGUUUGUGAAGCUGCAAAAGAAAUGUCUAUAUGUACGACCUCCCGUCCAAGGUGAGAUUCAAACUGGGGUCGAAAGGCAAGCAAGGAAACCACUAAGCCAACCUGAUGAAACUAAUGUUUUUUUAACUGGGAUAUGUUUUGUACAUUAUUUUGUAAUAAAUCAGUUCAGUUUUUUGCUCAAACAUGGUGUUUCUGUAUUAUUAUGUAAUUAGUUUUUAAGUGCUACUAUAACCUUCCUUUUUUUUUUCAGUUAAAGACAGUGGACACUAUUAGUAAUUGUCAAAGACUAGUCUUCACAG